AUGGUUAUGGGACGGCUUGGUUCUGCGGUAUUUACCCUAGCGUUAAUAUUGUCGUUGCGGGAUAUAUACGGAAAUUCGCAGAAAGAUUCCGAUGACGAGGCAUUUAGUGAGGAAUUCGGAGAUGAAGAAGUUACGCCCCUUGAUUCGACAGAUGAAGGGGAAAUACCCGUAAGAAAACCGACAUCUCAUUUUACUGCACCACACACUAUGAAGAACCUACCUGUGAUGAAGUUCUCUUUCUGUGUUUCAUGUGGAUAUAGGCAGGCGUACGAUGAGUUUUCGAAAUAUGUGCAUGAGAAAUAUCCAACCAUCAAAAUUGAAGGCCAGAAUUACCCACCAGUGCUUUGGAAAGCUAUUAUAGCUCAGGUCAUUGCGUUUAGUAAAAUUGCACUCAUAGUCCUCAUAGUCAUGGGUCGCGACCCGUUCACUUCUAUUGGUCAUCCUACUCCUAGGAUUUUUGACUGGGCAUUGAAGAAUAAAAUUUCCUCCUGCUUUAUGAUCUUCCUGCUCGCAAAUACCUUUGAAGGUGCGUUAAUGUCUACUGGUGCUUUUGAAAUCUACCUCGGUGGCGAGCAGAUAUGGUCGAAAUUAGAAAGUGGUCGAGUUCCUUCACCCACAGAAUUAAUGCAGAUAAUUGACCGACAUAUGGAACUCCAAGGAGCAAAAGUAAGCCUUACUUCCCCUACGUCCAAGUUUCACGGCACAGCAACAUAA